AUGAAACUGAAAUUCCUAUCGCAUUUUUUAUUGUUUGCCCUUGUAAGCCGUCCUGAAGCUUCACCUGAAACGCGAUUUGUUGUGGGAGUCAUCGUGUUGUUAAAAAUCCGAUGGCUCAUCAAACGAACUUUCCUUGCUAGAAAACGAGGAGUUGUGGUUUGCUACGUAAUGUUUCCAGGUCAAACUUUUUUGAACACGGCAGCGAGUACAAUCCGAUAUGUCACAUUUAUGAUUAAAUGUUUCCUUAUUUUAAUAUAUUCUUGUAUCAUUGUCUACCUGUCCGACAACCCUGCUAACAGAAACACCGUUGCAGUGUACACAUUGAUUUUUGUUCUAAUCCAUUGUUGGGAGCAAUUCUUGUAUGGCUUCUACAAAGUCGGCGUUUCGUUGAUUAGAACACUUUAUGUUGUCAAAAUUGAAAUUGAAUCCAAAGUUGUCUUAUAAUUUGCAUGCCAUGUUUUAUUUCUAUUCUCAAUUCCAUAAUAAAUGCGCUUUGUUU